AUGUCCAAAGUGAACAGACGAAAGGAAAUAAAGGAAAAAGAAGCGUUCCAGCUUAAAUUUCAGCUUGCCCUCAACGAGUCCAGCAGUUUGGUUGCCGGCUGGCUACCGAAAGAUUCGAGCCGACAAACAAAUGAAGCUUCAGACCACGAUUUCCUCAAUCUCCCGAUCCUCUCUGGCGGAAAGGGCCUCUUUGAGCUUGAGAACGACGAGGAGGAGCAAAAGACCGUUGGCGAUUUCGUCAAUCCGGAGAAAGAUCCACAGAAAUUGAAACUUCAAGAGAGUCGACAGAACCAAGCAGGCUCAAAGGCCAUGAGCGCAUUGAUAAAUAAGUUAAGAAACGACAGUCGAGGCAAAGUUGCAAAUAAGGAAAGGAGCUCAGCUUCAGGGAAAGUGCAAAAAAAAAGGAGCCAUUUUCUAGGAGAAUUGAAGAAGCAGCAGCCUGAGAAAGAGAAGAAACAGUCAGAGAAGGAGAAGACGGCGACAAGUCGAAGUCGAGAUGAAGUCGACUCGGAAGGUGAGGAAGAGCAGCAGCAGCGGGCACAGCGAAGUACCAAAAAGGCCACCAAAUUGAGUAAAAGGCCGUUUUAA